UGACCGCCCUGGUGCCAAGCGUGGCAGAAUUGUAGCAGGACCAAGGGGCCACGGACGCUCAUGGCUUCGCUGGCAAGACGCGCCGGUGGGGAUAGGUUUCGACUGACCAUCGACAAUGGCCUGAAAUUGAUUGUUCUCCAAGAGCGACGGUUCACACGCGAUGCUGCAGUCAAGCUUCCUUCUCUUGGGCUCAAUAGCGACAGGGGUUUUGGCGGCCACGCCGCAUCCCGACUCCCUACCGUCGUACCACUAUGGCGCGCCCAUCGCAGUGGAAUGCAUGAACAGAAGCUCGGAAACCGGCGAACACCUAGAGGGCGCUGACCACGAGCUCCAAUGGAUCCCUUUUCCAGUUUGCAACGAGACCAGCAAACCCCUCGAGUUUCGAUACGGCACUGAAGGCGAAGUGAACUGCACGAUACCCUUUAUUGACGAUCCGUUCUUCCAUCUUCUCGAAUUCUAUGUACACAACGACGCGCCACUAUCCUGCCGGCUGGCUUCGCGACCACCAGCGCACGUCGAGGUCGUAGGCGCAAAGCCCCCCGAGACCGAAUACAUACCCUUAACCUUCGCCUUGGCUGGGACGCUCCAAUCGAGCCACAUGCACAUCAGCACGCACUUGAAUGUCUUGCUGCACAGCAUACCGAAACACCAUACACACCGUCACGACAGUGGGGUUCUCGACUCUGGUAUCGCGUACAGCACCAGCCCGCUGAGCCACAUGGGGGGUUCGUUUACGCGCAAACUUAUCAUCGGCGAUCCGCUUCCUCUGAGCUUCUCUGUGAGGUGGUUCCCGACACCGGCGCUGCCAAAGACGGAGGGAAAGGUCGAGUGGCAAGGACUAGGCGGGCAUAUCUAUGCCAGUACGUUCUUCUACAGCCUCGUUUCCUUCAUCGCGGGUGCUUUGGGAGCUGGCAUGUACACACUUGGGGUUGUCUUGCCCAGGCGUCUCAAAGGGCGGUCAAUGGGCGGAGCCACGCCACUGGGCUACGGUAUCAGCACCGGGGUAGGCAACGGCUGGGGAUAUCAGAAACCUCGCACAGACUAGAUAGUCGGUAUGCGCAUUAGAUGGAGUUGCUCAGUACUAGCGGUUGCCCCAAAACGAUUUGUACGACAUGUCCCUCCUCAUUGGUCUUUGGUUCUAGCUUCGGCAACAGCAAUCCUGUUCAGGAGUCUCUGGUGCAUGUCAAAGGCCAUGAUGAUGGCUAGCGGUGUUAGUUGGGUUGCCUCAACAGAUGAUGGAACACAUACGAAUAACGGCAUAUGGGAGGUACUCGCCCCAAAACAACAUGGUUUUCUGGGCUGGAGUAACCAUCUCAUCACCCAGGGUCAACAGGUAGUAACAGCACGUGGUGCUCCCCAUGCCAGUCACACAUCCAAACAUCAGCCCAGCCAGUUCCUUGGCAGCUUCCGAGGUAGCUCUCCCUCCAGAAAGCUUGUAGACGAGGUACACUGCGAGGGGCAGCUGCACGAAAGCUUCAAUGUACAGAAAGGCCUGGAACCAGGG